AUGUUAGGACACCGGCUCGUAGCUGGGAGCUGCUGUACAUAUUUUACAAAUUAUUAAUGAACACAAGAAGAAAAAGAUUAGAAAUCUGAAAACAAAAACAGAAAGCGCUGGAAACAUUUUGGGCAAGUUGGGCAUGUACUUCAGGGAAACAGAAGCACCUUAUGAAGUGGCCCUCUCAAUAAACCGACAGAAAGAAACCUGAAAUAUUGGAAGUUUAUUGUGUUAUCGCAUCUCUGAACAGUUAGCUGAAGGUGCAAGUGAGAAGGCUCUCUGCUGGGUUUGACUGAGAGAAUAGGGAGCGACUCUACUCUGGCAGCUAUGGCCAUGCCUGGUCUCUACAAGUGUCUCUUAUUCCAUCUGCUCAUCGCGGAGGCGCUGGGAACCCAGGGCAGGAAUCUCAGCAGCAACCCCAGGCUGAAGCUGUCGUACAAGGACCUGGUAUCUCGAGGGGCUGUCACCUACCAGCUGAACUAUUCCUGCUGUUACAACACACUGUUGCUGGAUGAGGAGCGGGGCAAAUUAUUUGUGGGAUCGAAGAAUUACCUCAUCGCUCUGAACUUAGAAAACAUCAGCAAACAUGACAAGAAGAUUUACUGGCCAGCCCCUGUGGAAUGGAGAGAAGAGUGUAACUGGGCAGGCAAGGAUUUACAUGCAGAAUGUGCCAACUUCAUUAAGGUGCUGCAUCCCUUCAACCGAACCCACCUAUAUACCUGUGGCACUGGAGCCUUCCACCCAGUCUGUGCCUAUUUGGAAGUAGGGAGCAAAUGGGACGACCACCAGUUCCGGAUUGAUUUCAACCGGAUUGAAGAUGGUAAAGGGAGAAGCCCAUAUGAUGCCAAGCAUCUAUCAACCUCCAUUCUGAUUGGUGAGGAGCUGUACUCCGGAGUGGCCACCGACUUGAUGGGCCGUGAUUUCACCAUCUUCCGGAGCCUUGGGCAUCGCCACUCCAUCAGGACGGAACAGCACGACUCACGCUGGUUAAACGAUCCCAAGUUUGUGGGCUCCUUCUGGGUCCCAGAGAGCGACAACCCGGACGAUGACAAAAUCUACUUCUUCUUCCGAGAGAUGGCCGUUGAAGGGCAGAACCUGGGCAAGUCCACCUUCUCGCGAGUGGGCCAACUGUGUCGGAAUGACCACGGAGGUUUGAGAAGCCUGGUGAACAAAUGGACCACGUUUCUGAAGGCCCGUUUGAUCUGUUCAGUCCCAGGAAGUGAAGGAAUUGAUACUCAUUUUGAUGAGAUCAGGGAUGUCUUCUUCCUCCAGACGAGAGAUCGCAGGAACCCUUUAGUCUACACGGUCUUCAGUACUUCAAGCAAUGUCUUCAAAGGCUCAGCUGUGUGUGUAUAUAGCAUGAACGAUAUCCGCAGAGCUUUCCUGGGACCCUUCGCCCAUAAAGAGGGUCCAAACUAUCAGUGGGUACCAUACCAGGGGAAAGUGCCAUACCCUCGGCCAGGAAUGUGCCCAAGCAAAACCUUUGGGGGCUUUCAAUCAACCAAAGAGUUUCCUGAUGACGUCGUGCUGUUUGCUCGCAACCAUCCCCUGAUGUACAAUCCCAUUAACCCCAUUGGCCAUCGACCAGUCCUGGUGAAAACCAAUGUUGACUACAGCUUCACUCAGAUAGUGGUGGACAGAGUGGAUGCAGGCGAUGGACGCUAUGAUGUUAUGUUUAUUGGGACAGAUAUCGGGACAGUUUUGAAAGUCAUCUCGGUGCCAAAGGAAAGUUGGCAGAACAUGGAAGAGCUUCUUCUCGAAGAGCUGCAAGUCUUCCAGGACUCUGCGCCUAUAACCAGUAUGCAACUCUCAUCAAAACGACAACAACUGUACAUUGGCUCAGACACAGCCAUCUCCCAGCUGCCUUUGCAACACUGCAGUAUCUAUGGGAAAGCAUGUGCUGAGUGCUGUCUGGCCCGAGAUCCCUACUGUGCCUGGGAUGGAAACAGCUGCACCAGGUACCUGGCGAACACCAAAAGGCGAUUUCGACGUCAAGAUGUGAGGAACGGAGACCCCCAUACGCUUUGCUCAGGAGAUCGUCACCGUCACAGGGUCACAGAGAAGAAGCUGUAUGGAGUUGAGGGCAGCAGUACAUUUCUGGAGUGCAUCCCUAAAUCCCUACAAGCUCAGGUCACCUGGACAUUCCAGAAACGCACAGGAGGUCCAAGAGAUGAGGUUCAUUUGGAUGACAACAUCAUAAAAACUGACCGUGGUUUGUUGCUGAGGAGCAUCCAGCGCAAGAAUGCGGGCUCCUUCUUUUGCCAUGCCAUGGAGCUGGACUUCACCCAGACUCUCCUGCACAUCUCGCUGGAGGUCAUCAAGCUGGAGCAGGCAGAAGUGCUCCUCCACAAAGAGCCAGUGUCGCCACCGAGCUCCUCCUCCUUCCCCAAUCAGAAGGUGUGGUACCGGGACUUCCUGCAGCUGGUCGACCACCCCAGCCUCAAGACGGUGGACGAGAUCUGCGAGCAGGUGUGGAAGCGCAGGAGCAAACAGCCCAAACACAAGCGCACGCCCAGCCGUCACCUCCAGACCAAGUGGAAGCACCUGCAGGAGGCGCGGAAAGGCCGCAACCGGCGAACGCACGAGCUGCCGCGCGCCGAGCGGGCUCCCCGCAGCGCCGUCGUGCAGUGAUUGUUGGCCAAAAGGAGAAACCCGUUGAUGGAACAAUCCUAGGAGCGAUGGAAAAGACUGAAGUGAUGUCCAGCGGGUGUGCCUAGCACCGACCUUCCCUGCACAACGUUUACAAGAGUGACCGAGUCCUCUCGCUAUUGAAACCACUAUGACACUAACAUCCAUCACUUUACAUUCUAGUGUGUUAGGAAUUACUUCUCAUAUUUAAGGCUAUGGAUAGCAGUAAUAAGUACUAGGGCUUAUCAGGAUAGCCAGCAACCCCUUAGGAUGUGGGAGCCUGGUUCUGUCCCUUUUGGGCUUCACAAUGAAUGCAUCUUGUGCCUUGGGAGAGUCUUCCUCCUCUUUCUAGUAAUUGUCAAGAACAUUGCCCAGAGAGCCUGGAGGCUGGCAUUUGUGGGGAUAAGGGCUUGCUGGCUGGCCAAGAAUUUUUAACCCUUUGAGGCUCAACCUACGCAAAUCCUACCAAUGAAGGCGACAUAGUGAACAGGAAAGUUGGCGAAACAUCCACACAAUGGAAGCCAAACACUCUUGUUUCCGUGCCCCUGGCACAUAUUAAUGUUUAUUUGGCAUUGCUGCCUCCAACGUCAGUUUGAGUUAAGCUCCAAAUGGUAGACAAGACAACCCACACAUUUGUUUAGGUUUGGAUAUGUAUGGGCUGAGAAAGGGUUAAUUGAGAAUUUGGAGAGCUCCUAAAGGAAGUGGUGCUCUGGCAAAACUUUCCCUUCUUUUUCUUUAGGUUUGACCCUAUAGUAAGGUGUUGGUGCCUAAGUGACAUGCUGCUACACUUCACGCAUCUCAUUUGUGUAAGCUUGGAUUGCAUUGUACAGUCGCAAAACUUUGCUCAGUCCUUCACUCCAUACUCUGGACAUUAGAUGCGUCUGCUCCCAAUGAAUGUACAGUGCAUUAACAGUCAAGAAAUACACGCACAAGAAAAUACUUCCUAGAAAGUGCCUUGAAAAUUACUUGGGCCUGACACUCGGAAUGAAAAAGAGAAUGAGCCUUUACACACCUGAUCCUUUGAGUUGAAACGCAACAGUGGUGACUUCAUGGAAGGAUUAGUCAAAGUCAAGAGCACUCCUGAUACCUUUCUCAUUUAAGAAUCCAAUUAUGUCUCGCCAGCGCUUAAAGAGGGGAUGGGGGUGGGGGAGGCACGGGGUGUGGGGUCUCAUCAAACAAGUAACCAGCACAGAAUACAGGGUGGAUGACACGUUUGGCGUCAGAAGCAAGGUCAAAAAUUCAACAGUUACUCAUGUACAAUCGUCCCCAUUGGUGAAUCCAAAAUUUCAGCCCAUCCAGAAAAAUAAUUGCAACCGAAACGUUGCAGACUUUCCAUUAGGAGCCAGGCAAUGACUGUCGAGAUGUAAUGAUGAGUACCGUAUUAUCUGUGAGGGACUCUUUGUAUUAUGCAUUAAGGUACUAAAUUGUCACUGUUGAAAAUUUCCAAUAAACUAUAUUGAUCACUAAAGCUUAGGUUUACGACGUGUGCACAUGACAGUUAGAUGAACAGGGGCCGAGUUAAAGUCGUGUCAGAAUGUACACAAAGGUACUGAAAAUUAACUAAAUUAAGGAAAUAUGAGGUCAGAGGCACGGCUAAAACAUGUGAUGUGAGCAGUCUGUUUCUUGAUGUCUACUUGCCGGCUCGAACUGUGGGCAGAAAGGAGUUGGACGCAAGUUGCUGAGAAUGGGGUGAGAGGUGGGAGAUGUUAAUAAGAAGCAAGAAGGAGACGUGGACUGUGAGUCAGGGCUCAGAUACGGAUGCAGCGUUUGCUGGAAUCUUUUCUGAUGAGAUGAAGGGGCACAAUUCAGUCUUGGAUUCUGAAAAAAAAAAAGCAGCCACGAAAACAUAGCUUUCAGCCAAAAUGAAACUUGGGAAUAAAGGAGUAACCAGAACUCUUAGAAAAAUAGUUAUGGUGGUUGGUAACAAGAUAUAUUGAAUAAUGAGGUUAAAAAUUAAACCGUGUUUGGUUAUUAAUCAGUUUUUAACCAAAGUCCUCUCAGCCUUUCCUUUCUGUCUAUUUAUGUCUGUCUGCCUGUGUUUGUCUCCAAUGUGACACACUCUGUCACUCUUUCUCUCUGUCAACCUAUUUCUGUUUCUGUCUCUCACUCUCAGGGAACUGGAAGAAGUGUUGGCAUUUUGAUUUCAGAAAUGAAGAGGGAAGAAGAGAGGCCAUUUUAUCCGAUAGAUUUCUUUGUGUCAAGGCAAAAUUCUGUGGAUGCUGGAAAUCUGAACCAAACACAGAGAAGGCUGGAGAAACUCAGCAGGUCUGGCAGCAUCUGCGGACAGAGAAACAGUUAACAUUUUGAGUCCAAUAUGACUACUUCAGAACACUUUUCGGAUUUCUUGUCUCCAUGUCUCUUUCUAACUCUUGUCUUUUUCUUUCUCUUUCUCUCUCUAUCUAUAUCUCUAUAUCUAUCACUCUCUCUCUCUGUCUUUCAUUACCUCUGCCUCUCCAUCUCUCUCUAUAGAUAGCUCUCUCUAUCCCUAUCUGCCUGGUUCCCUCUCUCUCUGUAUCUAUCUCUCUCUCUCUCUCUGUAUCUACCUUUCUCUAUUUAAAUUUACACCCCCCCCGCCAUUUACACACUCCCCAAACCCCCACCUCUUCGCACUCUCCAUAUAACACUUGUGCUUUCCCUCUCUCUCUCUCUCUCUCUCUCUCUCUGUGUGGCUGUGUACACUGUGUCUGGACAUUACUCCUGAGAUUUAACUUAAAGUAGAACUAGAGACAGAAUGAAACUAGUUGGAUAUAAGAUGCUGGGGUAUGGGAUUUUUUUAGAAUCUAUCUCAAUAGUUUUAUUCACCGUUAAUUAUUUUGUGAUAUGAAUUCUAUGGUUAAAUGCAAAAUGUAUUUGGUGAGAAAUUGGUUUACCCAGAACAUAGUUUACUCAAAAUUAGUGACAGGUGUUACUUCUGGUUAUAUGGUUGCCAAAUGGAAAGGAGGUGGGCAGGUAACAGAGAUUUUAAAAUGUGCUGAAGAACCAUUUCACUGCACUGUUUGUGGUGGUGUCAUGGAUGGUCUGUGGAAGAAUGAGUUUUGGAAUUGGCUGCCAAUUUGUGUUAAGUGGAAUUCCUCCACUUUUGAGGUAAUUGAUUAGACAUCACAUGAAAGCUCAACCAGGUUAUAUGUCAGUCAUGGGUCAGAAAUAACAAGACUUGAAUGUGUUGCAAUGAGGAAUAAGUUUAACAAAGCAGUUUAAAGGGUAUUUCUAGGAGCAGAUGGCAGAUUUUAUGGAGAGGAAUUGGGGACCAAGAUGGCUGCACCAUCAUUACUAGAGCAGAGGGCGUGGGGUUUGAAAAAGGUGCAGAAAUCAGAAGACGUAAGUGCACGGGAUAGAGAUAGGACACUGGAGCUGUUGGUGCAGUGAUCGUAGACUGGGGGAUUGGGAUAGAGAUCCGUAGAAGAGAUUGACGACUGGGGGGGGGGGGGUGGCGGUAGAUCAAGAGAAACUGGUGGGACACAGGUGGCACAGCUUUGAAUUGGGUGGAAUUUGUGUGGAUUGAAACCCAGGAGGCCAGUGAAGAGGAUUUAUGCUGAAGACAACCUGACUGUAGCGGAAACAUGAGAACGAGAUUUCCAUAUGAUGGAAAUGGUUGGAGAGCUGGGCACAGAGAUGAAUGAUCAUAAGACAUAGGAACAAAAGUAGGCCAUUCAGCCCAUCAAGUCUGCUCUGCCAUUCAAUGAGAUGAUGGCUGAUUUGAUCAUCCGCCAUUCCAAUUUCUUGCCUUUUCCCCAAAACUCUUAAUUUCCCGACUGAUUGAAGAUCUUUCUAUCUCAGCUGGAAUGUGACCCAGCUUCAAUAGCCAUCUGAAUUCCACAGGUUCACUACCUUUAGGGAGAAGAAAUUCCUCCUCAACUCUAUCUUAAAUGUUAUGUUGUGGAUGUGGAAAUAAUCAGACACUAUGAUGAGAACGUUGAAGCAAAGCUUAGGGUCAAAAGAAACAUUGAAGUUCAAACGAACUGACCAGUUUGAUCAAGUAUUUGGAAGCAGCUGGCUGUCACUGUUUUAGUCUAAUCCCUCAAUAUUUACUUAGGGCAUGAGUCUUGGAAAAAUAGUGAGAGUACUUGUGUUACUCACUGCAUUAUUAAAUCCUCAUUGGAAGUCGAUAAACUUUCUCUUCCAUCUACAGUUGAACCUCGAUGUUGUAGGAUAACGUUCUUGGACACUGUCACAUCUACUAUUCUUUAUUUAACCUCAAGCUUCAUCCUUGAACAAUGGUUUUAUAGUUCCUGUCUAGCUGCCUAGCUUUACUCUAUAUCUAGAGAUUGCCUCAGAGGCCAGACAAUAUUCUAAACUACUGAGCUAUCUGAUCUCCCCAAAAACAGUGUGGUAAUUGAAUAAAAACGAUGGACAGAGAGGGGAUAAAGUCUGACCCAUUGAAUUCCAAACAUCCUGAUGCAUUCUUCUUCCUGCUCCUCAUUCACGUCUGAAUCAAUUAUUGGAAUUUGGCAGGACGUGGAUUUGAGGCCACAACUGAAGCAGGCAUGACCUUAUUGAAUGAUAGUACGGACUAGCGGGCUGAAUGGCCUACUACUGCUUACAUGUGAGGAGAUGUGUGUGUAUAUAAGUGUUACGCUUCACAAUUAUCCAUCCACCAAUGGCUACAUAAUCUCCCAGAUGAGACAGAAAAAGCAGGUUCAAAAACAUUCAAGUCCAACUUUGCAUGGGGUGAAUCCGAAAAUUGACUGACUUACUCCCUGCAGGUAUCUCGAACUAGUCCCAGAUGUAAUGCAUGAUUCAUCUGACUCAGGGUUCCAUCUGCCUUCGGUGAUGCUGUGAGCUCUGCCCCAGGCAGGGACAGGUCCAACUCUCUUUUGAACAUGAGCAUUCACAGCACUAGCUGGUAACUAAUUCCAGGUGUCUACCAUCCUCUGGGAAAAGCCAGAACAUCCUGAGAUUGAAACCUUGUUCUGCCCUUGUAUUGUGCUAACCUUUGAUCCCUGGUUCUGCUCUAUCUGUUUACUUGCAAUAACCUGUCAAUAUGUGCAUUUAUUUAUUGUAUGUUCAUGUUUUUUGUUGGCCAUACGGAGGGCUCCUGUGGUGGUACCCCCGCCUCUGGGUCUGAGGGCCCAUCUUCAACCCCCAUACGCAUCCCAUGUGUCAUUACAUCUCUGAACAGAUUUACUUGCAAGUACUUACUUUGAACAUGUCAAUUGGAUUGCCCAGAACGUAGACAUCCCUGGAGUUUAGCUGACACUGGUAAAUCCAGCUCUGUAGCUCCCUGUCUGCAGACGUAAAGCCAUAAGAGGACUUCGGAAAGCAUGGACCUUCAUUUCAGUUGGGUUGGUCAAUGAUUGUUUUUGGCAAAAUACUGAAGUGUUCGCUGUCUGAGUUCCUCUCCUGAUCAAACCAUUGGAAGGAGUGUGCAGCGUGACAUUCAACCUGUUUAGUCACGUUUUGAACCCACCGUCCUUGGCUAUUAAACCCUAGAGUGGGACUCCAGCCCAGAACUGCUGGUUCUGAGGCAGAACACUUCCUGUUGCUCCAUUUUUGUGUGCCACAUUUGAACCCAUUCUGUAGCCAUUGUUUUAUUAUCACAGGGGACCAAAACUGAUAUACAUCCCGAAUGAGGUCUGUCCGCUGUCUCAUACACAUCAAAAUGCUGUGGUUUGCUCUCGACUGAAACAUCUUGAUCUUGCAGCCUCAUCCCCUGUUUGCCUUCACUAGAGUUUCACUAGUGUUACUUAUGAAACCUAACAGAAUUGUGUACUUUGCUAUCAAGAUUUUUUUUUAACAACAGCUCUUGUUGGGGCUUGUUUCAAUUGUCUAUGGACAGUAGAAUCUUGGAUGAGGGUGCAACUUUCUUCAGUUAUAUGACAUUGAUCAAAGACAAGUCCAUUCCCUCAUUCGUUCGGGUGGGAUUGUUGCUCAGUGGCUAACACUGCAGCCUCACAGCACUAGUGACCCGACUUCGAUUCCACCCUUGGGUGACUGCCUGUGUGGAGUUUGCACAUUCUCCCCGUGUCUGCGUGGGUUUCCUCUGGGUGCUCCAGUUUCCUUCCACAGUCCAAAGAUGUGCAGGCUGGGUGGAUUGGUCAUGCUAAAUUGCCUGAGGUGUCCAGGGAUAUGCAGUCUGGGUGGGUUAGCCAUGGGAAAUGCAAGGUUACAGGGAUGGGUGGGAUGGUUGGUGUGGACUCAAUGGGCCAAAUGGCCUGCUUCCACGCUGUAGGGAUUCUAUGAUUGCAUAAGAAUCAGCUUGUAGUAGUUUAACCUCACCAUAGGCCUAACUCACUCACAGAGCAUUAACUAAUAUACAAGGGUCUAAGGGUGAUAUCAUUGAAUGAUACUAAAAUGCUCACUAAUACGUUUCCAUAUUGUGCCUGAGCUCACUGUCUUAAACCAAAGAUUAUGUAAACAGUCAGGCUCUGAAAUAUAUCCCCUGGGUUCGUUGAAUGGUGGUUUAAGCAAUACAUGUGCCUUUUCAAUACUGUACAGACUGAUGUGGUUUUUAAUUAUUUUGCAUUAAUGUCUAAAGUUUCUGUUAAUAAAGGUUUAUCAUAUCA